AUGGAGGAAGAGCUUAAAUUGUUAAUUAAAAAGCGAGGGGCUGUGAAGGGGCGAAUCACUCUUUUCAGAAAAUAUUUGGCAGAAAUUGAGGAUAAAGUUUUAAAUUUUGGGGAAAAUGAGCUUUUAGAUGAAACUCUUCUUAUAGAGUUAGAAACUAGAUGUAACAAAAUUGAGGAAAUCUUUGGGGAGUUUGAGGGUUAUCAAACUGAGAUAGAAUUAAAUUCUAAUGAAGAAGAUUUUGAAUUGAGGCUUAGUGAGAGGGAUGCUUUUGAAAAUGAUUAUUUUAAAGCGAUAAACUUGAGUCGCUUUUAUUUCAAACAGGAUGAAACGUGGGUGGAUAACGAUCUGACCGUAGGAAAAUGUUGGCAAAGUUCUGAUAUAUUUGGAGUUCCGAGUAACAUUAGUUCAACUGGGCGUCUUAUUGUUGUACAUGCGGGAUCAAACAAUGGAUUUUUGGAAAAUGCUUCUUUAGUAUUUAAAGCGGGACAAACCUCUGGUGAUUAUCAUGGCCAAAUGAACCAAACUAAUUUUACCAAAUGGCUUACAGAAAAGCUGCUACCUAAUAUACCUGCAAACAGCAUAAUCAUUUUAGAUAAUGCCCCAUAUCACUUGGUGCAAAAAGACAAGACCCCUACGAAAUCUUCGCUUAAGCAGCAUAUGAUUGAUUGGUUAUCUAAAAAAGGAAUAACUCAUGAUCCGUCGGCAAGAAAAUAUGAGCUUUAUGAUUUGAUACAAAUGCAUAGGCCUUCUAAUAACCAAAAAAAUUAUGUCAUUGAUAAUAUAAUAUGGCAACAUGGGCAUACGCCGUUAAGGACACCACCAUAUAUGUGUGAGCUUAACCUAAUUGAACUGGCUUGGGCUCAAGUUAAGCGCCAUAUACGAUGUCGAAAUACCUCUGGAGACCUGAGCCUCACUAAAUUAAGGGAAGUAUUGGAUGAUGCGAUAAAUUCUGUCACCCGUUCGGAUUGGGAAAAAUUUUGCCAACACGUUAUCCACAUCCAGGAGAAAUAUUGGCAGACAGACUAUAUGAUGAAGGAAAUUGAACCAUUAGUAAUAACUUUAGACAAUGCUGAUGAAUCAAGUGAUAGCGACCUAGAAACUGAUAAUGAUACUGAUGGUAGUGACAGUGAAACUGAAUGAUAAAAACAGCAUAUUUUGUAUAUUAGAUAUAUAUAUUUUUAGGGUCAAAUUAAAGUUUAUUUUCACUUAAUUCUGCGUUAAUACAUUUUUUUAAAUAAAAAAAAUUAAAUAUUAUAAUUAGUUAAGUAUCUUUCUUUUUGAUCUAACAUUAUUUUAAAUUUGUCUCUAUUUUUAAAAACUGUAUCCC